GAAUUUAUAGACGCAAGGACACGCGAGCUGUGAACAAAAAGUGACUAACCAAGUGAUCCUAGUGCCAAGUCGUUGCUGGUAAAUUUAAAAUAAACAGUGAAUCGUCAAACCAAAAACAAAAACAUAAGAAGCCGAAAACACAAAACAAAAAGCAACCAAAAAAUAGAAUCAAAACAAAACAAAACGCAAAAAAAGAAUAACGAAAGCAAAAACAAAAAAUACGAAAACGAAAUUUAAACGUCUGCAUAUUAAUCAGUGCUGCCUUCGCGACACGUCCUUACGACGACAGCGUAGGUUUGCAGCUUCCAGCUACGAGGUACAACGAGCAUCAAAACAGAACCCCACAGCAGCAGAGCAGAGGACAACUUAUCACUAAGGAUUUAGAGGCGCCUCUCGCAAAGCCGCUUAGACGUCAGGGACGACGACGACGUCGACGACGAGUGGCCAGAGGCAAACGUUAAUCAACGGUCACAGGACUGGACGCAAAGUGCGCUUCUGUCUAGUUGUCUUUCGUGGGCUUCUCUCGCACUCGCUCAACAUCAACAAAAACAAGAACAACAACCAGUAGCAAGGAAACGUCGCCUCAUUUGGCCACUGCGGAUUAUGUUAAUUAGAUUUUAAGCACGCGACGCUGCGAUGCCAGGGGAACAAUUGACGUUGUAAUGUGACAACAGUUGACUGCAGCAACAACAACGAGAGCAACAACAUCGUCCUCUACUAUAAUCAGAGCAACAAUAACAGGUGAAGCGAUGCACGCUUUUUUAAUUGACAUUUACUCGAGUCGAACAACGUUGUACAGCAAUUAGCUGACUGCCUGAUAAAAGUUGAAAGAGGCGAAAAGAGACGAAAGUAAAAAGCGAAAAGCGUAAAACAAUUGCUAACGACAAAUUAAAAAAAAAAAAAAAAACAACAACAACAAAAACUCAAAACAACAAUUGAAAAGGUGAUGGCCAAGUUGAUAUUUAAUUAAAUAUUCAGCAUUUUUAGAUGCGACGCUGGAAAGUAGGCAACGCUUCCAACCUAUCGCGUUCGCUCUCUCUCUCUUAAAGCCGAGCCAAAAACAAUGGCCGCCAUUGCGGAAACAAUGGCAACGCAAACGUUAAAGCUGUCAAACUGUUGACAGUUGUCACAUGGUCGACCAGAGAAGCGCACGUGACGCAAAAAUCGUGCCAGGAAAGGGCAACUGGUGAACGUGAGUGAAUGAGUGAAUGAAUGAAUAAAUGGCAGGCAAAUGAAUGAAACGGCCAAACGUUCGCCAUAUUCAAAAAUUGAGGCAACAGCGGCAAACGACCAACACGCUAAACAUCUGCACGUACAACGCAUAAAUUUUAAGUGAAAUUAAAGGCAGUUGCUUCCCAAAAAAAAAAUCCAAAAAAGAAAACACCAAAAAAAGUUAUAGACAAUCAUUGCCAACCAGGCAUAAAGUCAGCCGAGGCACUAAAAAAACACAAAAACAAAAACAUGAAGCAUGCGCGCAACUGUGAUCUGCCAUCCACGGCCAUUAUUGGAAUAUUGCUGUUGUCUAUUUCAACCGUGGGUGGCACGCACUCAGUGUCCUUGACAAAUGCCGCGGCCGAAGAACAGGAGCUGCAACUAUCGCUGCAUCGACAUCUGAGUUUUAAGAGCGUGCAACGCAUGCUGCGCGAUGAAAACGAGCCCGCCAAUUAUAAAAGCGAACUGCGUUACUAUCAGAAACGGGAGACGCAAACACAACAUGAACUCCACAAGCGUGAGAUCAGCGUGUCCACAGCAUUGCUCAAUCUCACGGCUCAAGGUCUGACAGCCUACGACAGUCAGAAGAACUAUCAAGGACAGUUUGAACUCGUCACCCACAUGGAUCUGAGCAAUAAUAAAUUAAGCAGCCUGAAACUGGAUAACUUUGUGCAACUGAAACAGCUGGAUGUGAGCAACAAUUCACUGACAACGCUGCCUGGUACUGGCUCAAUGCUAGUCACUUUGGAUCUCGCGUGCAAUCGCUUGGGACAGCUUUCGGCCAGCUACUUCGCCCAACGAAUGCCACAACUCAAACAUCUCAAUCUGGCGCACAACCAACUGGGAAAUAUAUCGCGACAGGCAUUCUACAAUUUAAACAGCCUCGAAACGCUGUUGCUGAGUCACAACAACAUCACGGACAUCGACUAUGAAACAUUUCUGGCAUUGCCAAAUCUACAACACUUGGAUUUAUCACAUAAUCAACUUAGUGGCUCGGCCAUAAGAGCUCUACAGGGUAUUCCCGAUCUUGUGAGUCUCUCGAUUGCACAGAAUCCACAAGUGGGCACGGCCAUGCAGGAGUUUGUCGCCUCGUGGAGUCUCAAGGAGCUGGACGCUAGUGGCACAGGACUCUGUCAAGUGCCAGCUGCAUUGGCGCAAUCUGUGCGCACGCUCAAAUUAUCGCACAACUGGCUCAAGGCUAUUAACUGCGGUGAUCUAGACAGCUAUCCUUUGCUGCAGUAUUUGGAUCUAUCUUACUCGCAAAUUGCCCAAGUGGAGGACGAUGCGCUCGGUCGCCUGGAGCUGCUUGAAAUACUCUUUCUCGAUCACAACAGUUUGAUGCGUGUGCCCAGUACUUUGCCCACUUCACUGGAGCAUCUGUUUAUGCAACACAAUCACAUUAUGGAACUGCAGCCACAGGCAUUCGCCGCACUCAGCAAUUUAAAAACCCUCGAUUUGUCGGGAAAUCGUUUACUAUAUUUGCCAGCGCUGCCGUUGCCCAAGCUACUCACACUUAAUUUGCAAUCGUCGGGCAUUGAAAGCGUUAGUCAGUCGAUUGUGCAUACCCUGCCGCAGUUGCGGGAUCUUUUGCUGGAGGAUAAUCCCAUUAGGUGCAGCGAUCUGCUGGGCAUUGCCGAGUGGGCGAGUCCGUGUCGUAGCCCCGAUAUGGGUCAAUCACCGGGUCGCAUCGAUUUGAAGAGUCGUUUCGUGCAAUCGCAGAACUUUUAUGAGCCCUUCAGCAGUCAAUGUGGACGAGAGGAAACGAAAGACAACGUGCAGCAAGAUGAAUGGACUAAAUCUAUGCCGCCCACUUGCGGCCUGGCAGCAACAGCAGCAGCAACAACAACAGCACCAUCAACUAUGCUCAAAGUGCACAAGUCAAAGGCAGCAGCAACAGCAACAACAACCAUGGCAACACUAACAAGUGCAAUGCAAUCAAGCGGCAACAACAUUGCGCUAGUAACCGCAAAAACUUUAGGGCCAGUUGAAACAACUUCGUUAGUGAAACUGCAGCGCCAACAAAUGCCUGGCAUGCCAACUGCAAUAACAACAACAACAACAGCAACAAUAACAACCACAGCUCUUAGUCAAACAGCAACAGCCAGUGGCAUGCCAAGUUUGGUGGCAGCAGCAGCAACUCUUGCUGCCAAUCGCACAAACAUUUUGGCAGCACAACCAGCAGCAGCAGUCAGUUCACUGCCGCCAGCGUCGAGUCGAGCAGACGUUGUAAAUUCAACUGUAGCAACAACAACAACACCGCCAAAAAGACUCGCCAUGCCAACUCACAUUAGCGAUGUUGCUGCGGUUGCCACAACAGCAACACAAGGCAAUGUGCCACAAACAAUUUCGACGCUUAUAACUGCCAACGAAGAAAAUCAAAAGCUGUCUAAUAAUACAGCAAACAGUUUAUUAAUACUGACGACAUCGACAAUCGGAACGCCCAGCGAGACAUCCGGUCAAGAGGUGGCAUCAUCGACGUCGAUUCCGAAGGCACAGUCACAGCCACAGCUGCAACAUAAGCAUGCCACAUUGCAGUUGCACAUUAAAAACCGUCAUCUAAUUGGUACGCCCUUGCUGAUGCACAAGGGCGAUAACCUGCUCGUGGAUGCCGAGCAGUUGCUGCUGCCCGGUACGGCAACAGUGGCGGAUGCGGAAACAUUGGAUACCAGCCAGCAGCGACAGGAAGCGACUGAUAAGAGACAGCCGGAUGUAAUAAAGGGCGACACAAAGGCUACAUCGCUGGAGACGACGACAGAGAAGACAGCAGCAUCAACAGCAGCAUCAGCAACAACAGCAACAACCGAAUCAGCAGCAACAGCAACAGAAACAUCUACAACAGCAGCCAAAACGCACAAGAAAAAUAAUCCCUCGCUAAGCAUCAAAAAGAUGACCUACAGCACAAAGCACGCAACAACUAUGAAAACAGCAGCAACAGCAACGACAACAAUGCGAGCAGUGACAACAACAAGUAGCGAACACCAACAGCAUCAACACAGCAGCGUGAAUACGCCAAAUGCUGUGAAACAAGAGCUCAGCACAUUCGCCCAACUGAAGGCCUUUGUGGAUCUCAAGACGGAAGCCUCGAAGUCAGCACAUCUGCUGGACACACGCCAGGAAACACAACAAACCCUGCCUGGCAGUCAUCCGGGUCUUAUGCUCUUGCUGGCAUGCGUCCUGGUCAUUGUCCUGUUGGCGGGCCUGGCGCAUGUUUAUCGCUGUGAGCUUCCGUGGCAACGCAGCGGACGCGCAGGACAGACACGACCGCAUCAUCAGCGGCAGUUCAAUGAGACCGAUGAUGUACACAGCUUUCUGCACUAUCAGGGAUCAAGCAAUGCGGAUCCAGCACGUCUACAAGCCUGGCAUCACAGCACUAGACGCGAAGCACCCUACAGCUCGCCUCUACACAAUCUGCAAGCCCGCGAAUUGCAGCGCGAACAGCAGAAGCUGCAAUUCUACAGUGCCUCCCUAGCUGACAGCUCCAUUGGCAGUGGAAGUGGCAGUGGCAGCGCCUGCUCCUCGGGCAGCAGUCGCUCGAGUUUGCACUCGCCCAGCAACGAGGAUAGCUACUACAUUGAGAUGGCACCCAGCAGUCCCAAUGCGGCGGCCAAUUCGCUGUCCAGUCUGCCCAUGGAGCUGCUGAGUGGCAGUCGUAGCACCGGCAAUGUGGCAGCCACAGAAUUGAGAGGUGGUGGCGCCGCAUUGACAUCGGCAACGACGCUCAGAUCGGUGAGCAGCAAACUGAUGGCGCCCAGUUCGCGUCGGUUGGGCAUCUGGUGACAAACCGUCUUCGGACAGCGACAAUACGCACCCUUCCAGUAAUUCAAUGGCAAAUAGAAAUCAUUAUUCUUAGUUUUAAGCAAGAAUGAGAGACAAGUCCCAACUGCCCUCUGCCAGCUGCCACUUGCCAGCUGCCAACUGUCAGUGUCCGAAUGGCCGAAAGUGAGUCAUAAAGCUAAAAACAGCAGCAACAAUCUAAAUAAGGGACUACUUGCACCCACAUAGAUAUAUUAUAUAUAUAAAUAUAUUUAUAUAUUUGUGUAUGUGUAUGUACACAGUCUAGCUUGAUUUAUGGCUCUGCGUGGCCGCACACGUGGCAGGCCUCUUAGCGUCUAGGUUAGCAGCAACAAUUUGUCAUAAAGUUGCGUUACGUAUACGCCAAGUAGUCAAGCAGCCGAAUAGCCACCGUGUCCGCCUACCGUCUCCCGCCUCCAUCGCAACCACAACGCCAAUCGACGGCAACUUUUUAUGGGCCAUCGAGCACUCUGAGCAGCGAAAGCCCACUGCCCUUCAAUUUGAUGUCCAUCUUGUGGUCGUAUUUGGGUCAGUUUACUUGAGGCCAACGCCGUGCGUUGUCUAUGUGUAUGUGUGUGUGUGUGUGUGGGCCAGUUAAGUACGUGUAUGUGUGUGUGUGAGUAUAUAAGUGCCUGUCCGUUGGCCAAGAUUAAGUGCUUUGAUAGUCGUGCAUAUAAAAAUGAAAUAUCGAUAAAGUAUUAAAUAACAAUUUAGUUUAUGACAAGGCUCCAGCUAUCAAUGCGCAUUAUAAGUUCUCAGCAACAGACGCUGAGCAAUGCAGAUUUAAAGAGAAUAUAUUGUAUAUCCAUAUAAAUAAUAACUCAAUUUGUUAUGGACGUAACUUGUAACUUGUUCCGCAUGAUUACAACAUAUGUAUACUUGAUUGAGCUUCGAAUAGCAUGUCCCAGUUUAAUUAUAGUUUUGCAAUUUCAGCUAUUGCAGCCACUUCCACUUCCACUUGCACUUCAGCAAUCCUUUUUCGUUGCAAAAGCCAAUAGUUGUAAUUACAUAUAAAAUUCCACACAUGUGGCAGAAAGUAGGGCAAGUAAUUUCCGAGUUAAUCUAAUUGAAGCACAAAGCAUAUUUGUAAAGUGAACACAACACAGCUUACUUCCACUUGAAAUAAAAACUUCAAAUAGAAAUUCGCUCUCAAGCAGGCGGCAACUCUUUCCCUAAAGACGUUAAAACUUUUAGUGUCCGUGUCGAUCUUAACCCACUUGCCCAGUUUCCUAUAAGAGAAGUGACUUGCCUUCAAUUGCAAUCUAAUUAAAAUUUCGACUUUGCCUCCGGCUGAAGAAGGACACUCAGUGAAAAACCCUUCAGGAUAUUUUCAUUUUUAUUUUCACCCAUUGUCGUUGUUGUUGGUGUUGCUUUGUCGCUUCUUGUAUCGACACCCUUCGGAACUAAGGGAAUUGCUUUAUUUCCUCAUUCUGCACCCCAUUUUCAAGCUGUAUUUAGCACUUACCGAACAACUGAACCAAAACACGCCCACGCUCCGCCUCCCACUUAACCUCAUUUUAUAAAUUGACCAAGACAGCAUAUGGUGUAAAUCCCGCCAAAUGGGCAGACAUCUAAUCCGCUACGGCAAAUGUGAAAUGUUGUAAAACUAUUUGAAGAUAUGUGAAAAAUGCCAAUGCCAAUGUCUGGCCCCUGAUCUAACAGGACAACAACAACAACAGCAGCAGCAGCAACAGCAGCA